AUGUCGGAUUACAGUGCGUGGAACCAACUAUUCCGCCUGAACCCCGAUACACCACAGACCCCCAUGCUCAGCAACCAAGAGCUCCAGGACGAGCUGGCACUGUGGAGCAAUGCCCAGUUCCAGCUUGAGCCCAUGGCCGAGGAGCAGCUGCAGCACAACAAGCCCAGCACAUCGCCAUCGGUCUGCUCUCCAGAGGAGUUCAAAAUGGCCAGCUUGCCCAACACAUCGGCGCCCCACCAGCACCUUUCGUGGGACUUUAUGAUGGGCACGAGCACCGCCGAGCUGCUUAACGCUAUUGCCUUGGCGCCGCCGCCCUCUGUCCACCAGCAGUCGUGGCCUGCCCUCGGGCAGCAAUCUCAGCAGCAGCACCAGCAAACGCCGGUGGUUAUCAACGGAGUGCCGAUGGUUCCGCUGGUGCCCUUGGCUCAGCAGUAUCAGCAAUCACAGCAGCAGGCAAAGCCGUCACUUGUUGCUGCUCCUAGCGCUGUGGCACCUAUUGUGUCCAAGGUGCCCACUCUUGCUCCCGCCCCUUCAUCUUUUACAUCAUCAUCCUCCACUUCAUCAUCCUCCCAAUUCCGCCACCCUACUAUUAUGCCCAAGGGCGGCGUUGCGCUGCCAUUAGAUACAUAUGCCGCCAUCACCAACACAUCUGGGGCUGCCGCUGCAGUAGCGGCGACUCCACAGAAGCAGCAGCCUGCACCGCAGCGUCGCGCAUUUGUGAAGACAAAGCGGGAGGCAUCUUUGUCAGUUGCGCCAGAGACCUCGGGCAACGCCGACGACGCGCAGUCCGAUGACGAGCAAGACAACGAUGAUAGCAGCCAGCAGCAGUUUGACUCUGAGGGCCGGGUGGUUGCGGCCAGCGAGGACAAGCGGCGGCGCAACACAGCAGCGUCGGCGCGGUUUCGCAUCAAGAAGAAGCUCAAGGAGCAGGCUCUUGAGCGCACGGCUCGCGAGAUGGCGAACAAGGCCGAGGCGCUGGAGAAGCGUGUGAAUGAGCUGGAGACAGAAACGCGCUGGCUCAAGUCUUUGAUAACAGAGAAAGAUCCCAAUGUGCUGAAGAGUCUGCACUGCCCUUGCCACCAUCCCAACGGGCUGGACGUUUCAGCGACGCCGUUGCCAGCGAGCGCACCACAGACGUCGUUUUCGUACCAUCAUCACCACCAGCACCAGCACCAGCAUCUGAACAUUGCGCCGAAUCCGGCGGGCCCUUUGGACCAGUCGCAGCAGGAGUUCAAGAAGCCGCGGGUGUAG